AAAUAAUAAUGGAAAGUGUUAUGAAACCAAUUAGAAUAAUGAAAAAUGGAAGAGAGGAAGAGGAUGGUGGAGAACCAUUGAGUCCAAUGUCUCGGCUAUUUCACAAGCCUGAUUCCAACUUUUACAUCAUUGCCAUGUUAGGGUUUGCUGCGCCGAUCAGCCCAGAUGUUGUCAAACUCCACAUUGCUCGCACUUUCCCUAAGCACCCUCGUUUCUCUAGUUUGCAGGUUGUGGACGAGAAAAAUGGUGGAGAGUUAAGAUGGGUUAAAACAGAAGUAAACAUAGACAACCAUGUAAUAAUUCCAAAGCUCGAUCCAAACAUGGACUCUCCGGACAAGUUUGUCGAAGACUAUGUCUCUAACCUCAGCAAAACCACAAUCAGCAUGUCCAUCCCUUUGUGGGAUUUUCAUGUCCUGGAAGUGAAAACCUCUGAAGCCGAAGCCACCGCGGUUUUACGAGUUCACCAUUCCAUCGGUGAUGGCAUAUCUCUCAUGUCUCUUUUGCUUUCUUGUUCUCGUCAAGUGUCGGAUCCCGAAUCUCUUCCGACCAUUCCAACUGCACGAAAAUCAAAUGGGAGCAAGAAAAAUAACGAGUCUUUAUUAGGGUUUCUGCGUUUCUUGUUGAUCAAGCUAGGGUUGCUGGUGCUUCUGUGUUGGAAUACUGCUGUGGAUGUGGUAAUGUUUGUGUUAACAUAUUUAUUCUUGAAUGAUACCGCAAACCCACUUAAAGCUCAAAGGCUUGGACCUUCUGCUAGGAGAUUUGUUCACACAACAUUAUCUUUUGAUGAUGUAAAGUUGGUCAAGAAUGCCAUGGCUGCAACUGUCAAUGAUGUGUUGGUUGGAGUUACACAAGCUGCUUUGUCUCGUUAUCUCAACAGGAAGUAUGCAGGUAUAGAAGAUGGAGAUACAGGUAGAGGGAAAGGUAGAGGGAAAAACAAUUUGCCAAAAAAUAUUCGUUUCAGAGCUACUUGUUUCGUCAACAUGCGACCAUUUUCAGGAAUCCAAACUUUCGAAGAAAUGAUCAAAAAAGGGUCGAAAGCGAAGUGGGGAAACUAUAUAGCUUAUCUAUUAUUCCCUUUCACCAUUGCAUUGCGAGAUAAUCCGUUAGAUUACGUACGUGAUGCUAAGCUUAAUUCCGACCGAAAGAAAGCCUCCUUGGAAGCUAAAUGCAUUUAUUUCAUGGCUAGACUUCUCCUCAAAUUUUACCCUACCAUGACCUGCGGCUUUCCAACACAAACAUCAAUUUGUUAUUCAAAUGUACCUGGUCCUCAAGAACAAAUCUCCUUCUGUGGAUAUCCACUGGCUUUUAUAGCUCCAUCUUGCUGUGGCCAACCCAAUGCAUUGUUUGUUCAUAUAGUGAGUUACGUGAACAAGAUCAAAAUAAUAUUAGCAGUUGACGAAACUAUAAUUCCUGAUCCUUACCAACUCUGUGAUGAUUUUCAAAUUUCUCUCAAGCUCAUCAAGGACGCCACACUCUGAUUGCUGAAGGCCUACUUCUGAAGUUAUCUAAAAUAAAGAUGCAUAUGUCGUAUUAGUUGCUUUUAUUAAAUACUAAAUGUAAUUUAUGUGAAA